ACUGAACAGGGGGAGGGACUGAGGGAAGGUGGGGGGCGCAGCCACAGAAGGCCGUCUCUAUGGUGAGCGGGAGGCGGGGACGGAGUAGGCGGAGAAGCGCGACCGCAGCGGCCCCGGCGCAGGUACCAAAGUAAAGGCGGACCAUAGAGGGGUUUGGGGAGGCGAAUCUUUACUCGGCUCCAUGAGAAGCUGCUGCAGCUCGCUAGUGCCGGACGGCUCCCCGCCGCGCGCCCCGCCUCAGCUCACCAUGCCAGCCGCCCGUGCCGAGCAGAGCCCGCGGAUCCGGGAAGUUUGGGCUUGCAACCUGGACGAGGAGAUGAAGAAAAUGCGACCCGUUAUCCAGAAAUACAAUUACGUGGCUAUGGAUACGGAGUUCCCAGGUGUAGUGGCGAAACCUGUCGGAGAAUUCAGAAGCUACGCCGACUACCAGUACCAACUGCUGAGGUGCAAUGUGGACUGGCUGAAGAUCAUCCAGCUGGGGCUGACGUUCAUGAACGAGCAAGGAGUGCCCCCCGGAACCUCCACGUGGCAAUUCAACUUUAAAUUCAAUCUGAAGGAGGAUAUGUACGCCCAAGAUUCCAUAGAGCUCCUGACCAUGUCCGGGAUCCAGUUCAAGAAACAUGAAGAAGAGGGGAUCGAGACCCAGUAUUUUGCGGAGCUCCUGAUGACAUCGGGAGUGGUGCUGUGUGAAGGGGUCAAGUGGCUCUCGUUUCACAGCGGCUACGACUUCGGCUACUUCAUCAAGAUGCUCACCAACUCUCCUUUGCCCGAAGAAGCUCGCGACUUCUUCGAAAUUCUUCGACUUUUCUUUCCGGUCAUCUAUGAUAUCAAGUACCUCAUGAAGAGCUGCAAAAACCUCAGGGGUGGACUGCAGGAAGUGGCCACUCAGCUGGAGCUGGAGCGCAUAGGCUCCCAACACCAGGCAGGGUCCGAUUCGCUACUCACAGGUAUGACCUUUUUCAAAAUGAGGGAAAUGUUCUUUGAAGACCACAUUGAUGAUGCCAAGUAUUCUGGCUACCUGUACGGCCUCGGUUCGGGAGCUACUCAUGUCCACAGCAACAACCACCCCGGCUACCAGAACCGCUACCCGGGCCCCUACCACAGCAGCUACCCACCCACUGUCCCGCACAAUUUCCCGGACGGCUACCCCAGCGGCUAUGCCGGCGGCUUCCAGAACAACUACCCGAACGGUUUUCAGCAGCACAGCUAUCAAAAUAACUUCCAAAACACCAUCCCGGAUGUCCAGAAUGUCCAGAAUGUCCCCAAUGUCCAAUAUAUCCAGUAUGUCCACUAUGGCCAAGAACCAGAAUGGAGAGGAGACCAGCAAGCAUACAUGAGCAUGCAAGAGAUGCCAGCGUAUGAGGGUGAGGAUCCUCAAUUCUACACCUAUGGAGAAUGAAUCUGCUCAGAUCCCCUGUUUCAGUAGAAGGUUGGAGUUUCCUUGAUGUUUGCUUGAAAAUUGAUCAUCCGCCAGUUUUACACAGCAUUCCCUUGUUUUGGACCCAUGUUCACUGUGCUGCAAAUUGUUGACCCAGCUAAGCUAAUCCAAGAAGGAAAAGGAGAAUUUAGUGACCGCUUUUCCUGAUGUUUCAUCUUCUAAGCACCUCUAGUGUUCUUAGUUUUGAAUUGGUAUAUGUAUUAGAUCUGUGAUUGACUAAAUGUUUUAAUCUAUCUUUACCCCUUUCAGCAAAGUCCCCUGUAACUGGCUUUUCAAGAUCUGUCAGGAGCAUCAGCCUGAACUUCCCUUGACAGCACCUUUCCUUUUAUUUCCUUUUGGCCUUUUAAUUCUAACAUUUCUUUUUUCUCUUCCCCCUCCCCCUUUCAAAUAUAAUGAUGUUUACCAUGAGUUUGAUUUGAUGAUUCUGCAAGUCAGCUUCAUAAUAGAAAGUCCAAAGAGAACAAAGUCACCUUAGGUAUAUUUUAUACCAAAUUAAAUUUGAAGAAAUAAAAUUUUGCUUUUAUAGUUGCUAGAAAGACAAGCAAUUCAGUCUUGUAAAACAACAAAAAAUCCCUUAAAUUAACUUGAAUAUUAUUAGUCAUCUAAGGACUAUAAUGAUUAUUUAUUUUUAUGUGUAUAUUUUUUGCCAUAUAUUUUCUAUCUAUUGACAGAAAUAACUGUGAAUUACUUUCUUAGCCAUGCAGAUUAUGUGACCAGGUCAGAGCACAUGAAGGGAGAAUUUGGUCAUCAGUAAUCAAAUACUAGCCAGAAAUGAUAGAUGGCAAGUGUGUAUAUGUAUGUUACCUACACUUCAAUCAGUAUAUUAUCUGUUUUCCAGAUGGGCUUGUCUCCCUUAUCCUUUAAUACUCUUUUCUCAUUAAGUUUGCUAGAAUCUUGACUCACUGGGAAAUAUGGAUUGAAUGAACUUCAAAGGAGUUUGGUGGUAGUGAGAGAUGGCAAUGGAAUAUUCAAACUCCUUCACUAUGAUAGAGUGGAAAGGAGAGUGGGAGUUGAGUUGGGGGGAGAGCAGGAAAAUGAGUAAAAGUGCAACCACAGAAAGGUCUUGAUGAGGGCAGGAAGAAGGAAGGAGUGGAAAAGGAGAAGCUGGUAUCACUCCUAGUGCCCAGUCCAGUGCCAUGUACAGAGCAGGCAUUUGAUGAAUGUAUCGUUCUUAGACCCUUUGGCUUCCUUCUAGGCUCAGGCCAAGGGACAUCUUCUGCAGGAGGCCUUUCCCAGCUCCCUCAGCUGCUAGUGCCUUCCCCUCGAAUAUUGCCUUCCACUUACUCUGUCUACAUAUUGUUCGUACCUAGUUAUUUACAAGUUUUCUUCCCUGUUAGAAUGUGAGCUCCUUGAGAGCCAGGAUAGUAUUUUUUGCUUUUCAUUGUAUCCCCAGUGCUUAGCACAGUGUUUGGCACAUGGUAAAGACCUAAUAAAUGUUUGUUGAUUGA